GGUUCGCCAAGUGCUGUCGGACAUCACGGCAGGCGGGCCGCUGCAGGAGGCGCUGGAUCUCCGCUUUGAGGUGGUGGAUUUGGAGGAAGUCGAGCAGGUGGAGGAGUUGGAGGACCUGCUGCAGCUGGGGAGUAUCUUUGCCAGGGUGCACAUAAAGACACUGUACUGGAACCGCACCUCGCCAGAUGUCGUCAUCCAGCUGGUUGCGCAGCUUGGUCUGCCGGAAAGCAUCACCUUUGCUAUGGGAAGCGAUUUGGGAAUUGGUAUCCGCACCCAGCAUGCAGGAGCCCACGUGCCCGGUGAGGAUCAGCAGCUGCAGCAGCAGCAGCGGUCGGGUGAGCAGCAAGUGAUGAGUGGCGGGCCGCCGGCGCUGCUGCAGCUGCCGUCUGGAGCGCAGGUGAUGUCCAGGGUUGUGCAGCGCAUGAUGCCUGGGGCGGCAUCACCCGCAGCGUCUUCAUCAGCACCAGGGGAGUCGGCGCCACAGAUUUCUAAGCACCUGCUCCUCUUGUGCAGCACCGAGUCAGAGCUCGGGAAUACCAUCGAGGUGGUGCGUGAUGCGGGAAGGAAGGCGAAUGCGGAAGCCGGGUUGGCUUGUUUCCAUGCCGGCGACACCAUUUAUGUUGGUGUGACCUGCCUGGGCGGAAAGGCGUCGGCGCUGGCGGCUGCAGUCGGUGUGCUGUUACAGGAGCGGGGCAUGCAGGGUGCCGUGGACGUGCGCCGAGUGGACCGCCGCCUCGACCACAAUGACCACGGCAUCCCGAACUUUUAAGGCGCUUUCUAUUACGAAAUCCGGGCGGUCAUGCAGGAGGUGUGGGACGGCGCUGGCGGCUCCAGUAACUGGCAGCAGCUGGUGGCGUGGCUGGGGGAGGUGGAUUGGGGGGUCUCCUUCGGCGGCAUGGGGCCGUGACGUCAGUUACAGACGAGCACAACAGCUGCGGGAUUUCCAUUGCUCCCAUCCAGCGUCAGGCCAAACCCGCACUGGACGCGCCUUGCGCAAAUAGCCUCCAAGUGCCGAUCACCCGCGAGGCGCGUGGAUGAGCACGGGGGUCCGUUGACGUUUACUCUGAACUUCUGUCUGUAUAGUGCUGACCAGACAGCGAGGGCGUUCUAGGGGUAUUAGGAAAACUAAGCCGCGGAAACGCUGGCCCUGACCGUGGGGUUGUGGACGGAACGCACAGGGUGGUGAGGUAUGCGGCGGGUCUGAGGGGCACAUGUUGAAAGGCCGUUGGAAAUGCCGGUGCAUGGCUUGGUUUUACUACCAAGUUGCAGCAGGCGGUGUACCGUAUGCCAUAAGAAGGGACUCGGCACGCAAGGGGUUGGUGCUUUUACGUCCGUCUCGUGCAGUCUCGCGUUGCUGGCACAGAGAUCCAUUACCGUAAGCAUGGGCCGCCACUUGACCCAGAUGUGUGGCCGACUGACGUGCCGGAUGAAGCAG